AUGAGUUUUGUUGCAGGACCGAGACCGUCCCGCAAAUCUGUAGGUCCUGGCCCCGUAAAAAGUCCCGCGGGACCGGAAUUUUCCCACAGACCUCUGAUAUUUAGUGGAAUCGGAAGAAGAUUAGAAGCUCUCGAACAGUUAUCAACUUUAAUUGGUGAAGAUGUUGUGUCAACUAUAAAUGAUCAGUUGAUUCCGUAUUAA